UCAGUCACGGCCCGUGUGUGCGGGCAGGGUAGCAGCUGCGAGCGUACUGCUGUACACCCCCCCCCAGCUCUCCCAGCCCUGAGUCUGGCCGCCCGCAGCCUUGCUGUAUCUACCAGGUCACUGUUGCUUUCCUUCUUUUAGCCCCUUCGGGCCCGGGAGUCUCGGCUCUCGCCAUCAUGUCGAAGCGCCUGCGAAGCCCGGAGGUGUGCGCGGACUGCAGUGUGCAGGAUCCUCGCUGGGCAUCCAUUAACAGAGGAGUGCUGAUCUGUGAUGAAUGUUGCAGUGUCCACCGGAGUCUGGGUCGUCAUAUCUCACAAGUGAGGCAUCUUAAACAUACACCGUGGCCUCCCACUCUUUUACAGAUGGUUCAAACACUGUAUAGCAAUGGUGCAAAUUCCAUAUGGGAACAUUCUUUGCUUGACCCUGCAUCCAUAAUGAGCGGAAAACGUAAAGCCAACCCCCAGGAUAAAGUACAUCCUAACAAAGCAGAAUUUAUAAGAGCCAAGUAUCAAAUGCUGGCAUUUGUGCAUCGCUUGCCAUGUCGUGAUGAUGAUACAGCCAAAGACCUUAGUAAGCAACUUCAUUCAAGUGUGAGAACCGGGAAUUUGGAAACAUGUCUCAGGUUGUUAUCCUUAGGGGCACAGGCCAAUUUCUUUAACCCAGAAAAAGGAAGUACACCUCUCCAUGUUGCAGCUAAAGCAGGGCAGAUCUUACAGGCUGAACUUCUCACGGUGUACGGGGCAGAUCCAGGCACCCCAGAUUCUGCUGGAAAAACACCCAUUGACUAUGCAAGGCAAGGAGGCCACCAUGAGUUGGCAGAUCGACUUGUGGAAAUACAGCAUGAAUUGACAGACAGGCUAGCGUUUUAUUUAUGUGGCAGGAAACCAGAUCACAAAAAUGGACAACACUUCAUCAUACCACAAAUGGCAGACAGUAGUCUAGACUUAUCAGAACUGGCCAAAGCAGCAAAGAAAAAACUUCAGUCUCUCAGUAAUCACUUAUUUGAAGAAUUGGCUAUGGAUGUUUAUGAUGAGGUUGACAGACGGGAAACGGAUGCUGUCUGGUUGGCCACUCAGAACCACAGCACUCUCGUGACAGAGACCACAGUUGUUCCUUUCCUUCCUGUAAAUCCAGAAUAUUCGUCUACACGUAACCAGGGAAGACAAAAAUUAGCACGUUUCAAUGCACAUGAAUUUGCCACCUUGGUAAUAGACAUUUUAAGUGAUGCCAAAAGAAGACAGCAGGGAAAUGCCAUUCCCACACCCAAAGAAAAUGUGGAGUUAGUAUUGAAAAGUAUUAGCAAUCAAAAUAGCGGUGAGAGCCAAGAUAAUGAUCAACCAGAUUAUGACAGUGUCGCUUCAGAUGAAGAAGCCGAGUUGGAACCAGCGCUAAAUAAAACCGGUAGAGAAAAGAGUUUGGAAGCAGACUUGUCAGAUGGCGGAGUCACGGUACAAGAGUUUCUCGACGUAAAAAAUGCUCUGGUUGCCUCAGAAGCAAAAAUACAACAACUAAUGAAAGUUAACAACAACUUGAGUGAUGAGCUUCGAGUAAUGCAGAAAAAGCUUCAAACGCUGCAGUAUGAGAACACGAACCUCAGGAGGCAGGCCACAACUAAUCUCUAUCAGGCGCCGGCUGGGUCCGAAUACACAGACCUCUCCAACCCAGCUGCCUUGAAGAGGCGUCCUUCUGCAAGAGGCAGCAGGCCCAUGUCUAUGUAUGAGACUGGAUCGGUUCAGAAACCCUACCUCCCAAUAGGAGAAGUUUCUUAUCCAGAGGAGAAUAUUAGCAGACUGCAGCCUUUCCCACAACACAUGGUGAGGAGUGCAUUUGUGACCUCCUCUUCGUCCCUGCCUUCCUUCCCCUCCACGCUUUCCUGGUCAAGAGACGAAAGCACUCGAAGGGGAUCAAAAGUAGAAAAGCAGAGCAGCGUCCCAGAAAGCGAUUAUGAUAAUACCAUUCAUGAUGCUGAACUAGAUGAUACAAGCUCAAGCAGGAAGAUAAGGCAGAGAAGCAUGGCAUGGCAAGGAGAAGGCUCCAUCCCCGAAAGUGGUGACCCCGAUGUAGAAGCCAGCUGUGUGCUACCCAGUACAGAAGACGUCAUCAGGAAAACCGAGCAGAUAACAAAAAACAUCCAGGAGCUCCUGAGGGCUGCCCAGGAAAACAAGCAUGACAGACCCACUGAGCGUGAGGGGGUGCGUAAGCUGAGGCAUAGCCUUGGCUGUUUUAGGCCACUGGUUCCCUGGGCAGAGAAAGCCCCCCUGCAGCCACUGACACUCCAGCAGUCUGACUCUACCGCCUGCUACAUACCAUGCUCAGAAAGAAUACAUGUUGCAGUGACCGAAAUGGCAGCUCUGUUUCCAAAGAAACCGAAAUCGGACAUGGUGAGGACAUCCCUACGGCUGCUCACGUCCAGCGCUUACCGGCUCCAGUCAGAGUGCAAGAAGACCCUUCCUGUAGAAUCCAGCCCCGUGACUGACGUCCAGCUGGUGACGCAACAAGUGAUUCAGUGCGCCUACGAUAUCGCCAAGGCAGCGAAACAGCUCGUCACCAUUACAACCAAAGAGAAUACAAACUGAGACUGUACAUAAGAGGCGCGAGCGAUGAAAGUUGUUCGUUUUGGGUUUUUUUUUUAAUGUAAAGUGGCAGGGUUCAUCUUACAAAUAUCAGUAUUAUUUUUUUGCAUGUUUUUUUCUACUAAAAGUGUUUAUGCUGGACUAUUAAUUUAACCCACUGCCUUAUAUUUUAACUGCCAGUUUAGAAACAAAAAAAUAUAUAUAAACUCGUUACAAGCAGGUACUAUGUGCCAUCUGCUUCCUGAAUUGUUCUUGAAAACCUUCAGAUAAAAUCAUUUAAUUUUAUUUUACUUUGUUCCUCCAUCAUGGUGCCAUUAUUUGAUGAGGAAAAAAAAAAGAGUUUGUGACUCUAUUUUGCACUUAAGAUCAAAAUGUCCUGCAGGUACCGCAUUGUAUUAAUCUCCCUUUUUAUGUAUCAGAAUUUUAACGUUCUACCUCUAAUUUCCUGAAACCACUUGUGUUCAUUCAAGACCAAAACCUAGAAAUGUAACAAAUAAUGUCACGUGAUCUGGCAAACCAUGGGUUUUGGCACAUUGGUGGUUGCCCGUCAGGAUCUGGAAGCAGUAUUUUGUACUGGGGGCCUGUUACCUGCAGUAUAUCUAUGCUUUUAACAGUAAGGGCAGUAGAGAUGACCUGAUAGAAAUCCCAGACAGGAGCAGCAGCGAUCUACUGUCUGCGAGCCUAGAUUCUGUAGCAGAGACCCUGUGCAAUAGAUUUCAUCUUGCCAGCUUUCGUGUGAUUUUGCACGUUGUCCUUACUAUAGUUGAGCCGUGUGAAGGAACAUAGGAAGGGGUAUUGGUGCCUAACCAGGUGAGCACUUUUUUAUUCUAUUUAAAUAUGUAACAGAAACUGUUUCGGACAAAGAUGGAGUUUAAAGAUGUGACUUGUCUCAUCAGAACCCUCUCAAAUUGUCAAUAAAUCCUUUGACAAAUCC